AUGUCAAAGCACAAAGAUUUGAUUGGAGUGAUUAAGUGCGAUACAGUCUAUGUUUCUUUAACCGUUCAUCAACCUCCUCAUUUCAACGAAAUCGUGAGGACACAGCAAAAUAUUAGCGUGUUGCAGCCACAAGCGGGCUGGUUCGAACAGGAUCCAAUGGAGAUUAUUUCAGCAGUUUACAAAUGUUGUGAUGAGAUAGGUCAAUUGCUAACGAAGACAGACUUUACGUUUAAUGACAUUGUGGCCGUUGGUAUAACCAAUCAGCGUGAGACUACAAUUUUGUGGGAUCCACGAACGGGAAAACCGUUUUAUAAUGCAAUUAUGUGGAAGGAUAUACGCACUGAUCAGAUAGCGGACCGUCUUGUAGCGGAGGUAGAUUCACAGCACAUCAAUCAUUUUAAGUUCACAUCAGGUUUACCGAUAUCACCAUACUUUUCGGCGCUGAAAAUACGUUGGCUGAAGAAUUAUGUGCCUAAAGUACGAACCGCAUGCUUGGAAGGACAUUGUAAGUUUGGUACAAUCGAUAGUUGGAUCGUAUGGAACCUCACUAACGGUGAGCUGCAUGUGACAGAUGUGACAAAUGCUUCGCGCACUUUUCUCAUGAACAUUCAAACAUUACAAUGGGAUCCACUUUUAUUGCGAACGUUUCAUGUGGAUCGGAAAAUGUUACCCGACAUACGAAGUUCAUCCGAAAUGUUCGGUCAUAUCAAAAAUGAACAUUGCAAAGGCUUGUUGGGCAAGCCGAUAACCGGUAUUAUUGGUAACCAUCAAGCGGGUUUGCUUGGCCAGUAUUGCGUUAAGCCAGGCCAAGCAAAAAAUAGUUAUCGAUAUGGAUUGUUUCUGCUUUGCAAUACCGGCGAACGUUGUGUCAUUACAGAUCGCGGUCUAAUUACGACAGUUGCAUACAAAUUUGGGCCACGAAAAAAAACGAUAUAUGCGUUAGAAGGUUCUGUUCCCGUGGGAGGAGCGUGUUUGACCUGGCUAGAGACACGUUUAAAUUUUAUAAAAAACGAAGAUGAGGCACAGGCAUUUGCCGAGGCUGUGGAAACUACCGGCGAUGUGUACUUUGUCCCCGCUUUUACCGGUCUCUAUGCGCCGCAUUGGGAGCAGUCUGCUCGUGGUCUAAUCAUCGGACUGACACAGUACUCUACGAAGAAACACGUUAUACGUGCGGCACUCGAAUCGAUUUGCUUUCAAACUCGUGACAUUAUUGAGUGCAUGUACGAGGCGAGUGGUAGGCAGAUAAACAAAGUCUAUGUUGAUGGUGUAUUCUCCGAGAAUGAUAUGUUGAUGCAGCUGCAGGCCGACACCUCGGGGUUGGCGGUGUAUCGCGUUGAGGUGGACACUAUCUCUUUGGGUGCAGCGCUAUGUGCAGCGCAGGCGGAGGGUAUUGAUUUGUUUACUUUGGACCCGAAUAGAUCCUAUGAAGAUGACUUGAAGAGAGAUUUAUUUUUACCAACAAAUACCGAAAAUGAUCGCGUUCAACGUUAUAGAAAGUGGAAACGUGCCGUGGAGCGUAGCAAAGGUUGGGCUUCGAAGAGACCCGGUAGUGAUCUUACCGAUUCAACUUAUAGAUUGUUGGUCUGCAUACCAGCUGGAGGGUUCAUUCUCGGUACUCUAGUUAUGGUUUUACUUGCUGGUUGGGGUAAGAAGAAAUAA